AUGUCUGACUUUGAUGAAGGCGAUGUGGCUGGCGCUGGAGGCGACGAUGCCAUGUACGAGGAUGAGGAGAUCAACGACUACUACGACCCUGAGCCUGCCGAGGAUGGCGAGAACCAACAAGAGAACCAGGACGACAACAUUAUCAACUCUGGAGAUCCCUCUGCUAUCGCGAACGCGGUGAAGGGCGGUGAUAGACUCCUGAAAGACAAGAAGAUCCCCGAGAGCGAGCGAACCACAACACCAUACAUGACCAAGUACGAGAGAGCGCGUAUUCUCGGCACACGCGCUUUGCAGAUCAGCAUGAAUGCGCCUGUGCUUGUUGAUCUCGAGGGUGAGACAGAUCCCCUGCAGAUUGCGAUCAAGGAGAUGAGGGAAAAGAAGAUCCCCCUGAUCGUGCGGCGCUACAUGCCCGAUGGCUACUACGAGGACUGGACCUGCGAGGAACUACUGCACGAGGCCGUUGACGAAGACGGAGAGAAACCCCUUGCAGUACUGGCCCAUCGGCAGGCGUUAUCACGUCACAUCCAACCCAGUCUGGAUCUGCUUUGUGGAAGCGCUCGUGGAAAUGACAAGCGAAGAUGGGCUGUUUGGGGUGUCAUGGUCUAG